AUAAUGUUACAUCUGACUUAAAUUCCAGGCGAUGGAAAGGAAAGGAAUGGACAUAGUCUCGACUCUGAAGUAGCCGUUCUUGCUUAUGAGCUAUCAAUGUCUGUACCCUCCUCACCCGCAAAGAAUACGCAGCUAGCCGUGAAUUCACCUGCAGCAAAUAACACCAGCGCCGGUAGCGCAGGCGGGGUCAGAUUCCUCGUUAGCAUUUGUCUGAGCGUGCUCGUCGCAAUUCUGGCAGCGUGGUAUCUUCGACCCGGACCCAUUCAGCAUCGACUUGGUUUGUUCGGGAAGGCGAAAGGAAUCUCGCCUGGAAGAAGCUUCACGACCACAGGAAUUGGAAGUGUGCAAAGCUCCGUAAAGCCCGGAAAAUCCGAAUCGUUGCCAAUGGCUUCUCAAGAAGCAGAGCUGCUGUCCGUUGCCGCCACCGGCGUGCGUAAAACGCCUAUUUACUUCCUAAGUCAUGGCGGGCCUAGUAUAAUGUACCAACAUGAUCAUCCGGCCUACCGCAAGUUGCAGCAAAUCGGCAAGGAGAUCACGACAAAAGUCAGACCCCGAGCUGUGGUUGUGUUUUCUGCGCACUGGCAGGGUGGAAGGGAUACGAUUCAAGUUAAUACGGCAGAGAUUACGGAGCUGAUAUAUGAUUUUUAUGGCUUUCCAUCGCAUUAUUAUAAAGAGAAAUAUCCUCAUGUCGGGAGUCGGGAAAUUGCAGAAAAGGUUAUAAAAUCCAUUCGGGAUGCGGGCAUCAAUGUAGAGGGGGUCAAGAGAGGGUUGGACCACGGGGUUUGGGCGAGUUUCAAGUGUGCAUUUGACCCGGAAGACAACCCCUUAAACGUGCCCGUUGUCCAAGUCUCCUUGUUCGAUACCGAGGAUCCUGAUCAACAUUUCCGUCUCGGUCAAGCGGUCUCCAAACUCCGCGAAGAGAAUAUUCAGAUAAUCGUCUCUGGAAUGGCGGUGCAUAACCUGCGCGAUCUGCGGUUUACCUUUGGAGAUCCACGGCCGCUACCAUAUGCUGCAAGUUUUGAUGAGGCGCUCAAGGAAGCCGUUGCAACUGCACCUGCGGAUAGGCAGAGGGCUCUUCGGGAUCUGCUUAAAAGACCCGACGCGAGACAGGCACACCCGACGUUUGAUCAUCUAUUGCCAAUUCAUGUCGGAGCCGGGGCUGCGGGAGAUGAUGUGGGAAAGAGAUUGUUCACUCUGCCGGAAGGUAGCAUGAGCUGGGCGCAAUUCCGAUUCGGGGAGGUUGUAACCAAUUGAGGUCGGACACCACGUAUGCCCCUUAACUUUGGUAUCAUUCAAUUCCGGGUUUAGAAUCUUUUUUUUCUAUUUGCAUUGGGCGUUCUGGAAAAGGAAGGUUUAUUUCGUGAUAUAUAGGUACAGAG